GCGUGUUCGGUGGGCGGGGCCUGGCAGUGUUGUGUUUCCUCCUCGCGCGCGCACCGAGAGAGAGAGAGAGAGAGACUGGCUGAAGGAGGGUGGUGGUGAAGACGCAUAUAGAGUUAUUUGGGCGCAGUUUCCAGCUCGCAGACAUGGUGAGGAAGAGUGAGCACUCGGAUCUGCAGGCGCUUCACUGCACGCGCCAGGUGACCAGUAACUCUUUGGUGUCUGGACCAUCAAAUGGUGAUGUAGAGCUUCCUGCUCCUUCCUGCUGCGCUGCCCAGAACUCUUCAGUAGUGACAGAGAGCAGUCAGCCAGUGGACAUUAAUGAUGCAGGGAUGCGAAGGAAGAAGAAACGCAGGACUCGGGCAGUAGACAGCUCCAUAGGAACAUUCAGAGAUCUGUACAGGCUCACUGACGAGGUGCUGGGGCAGGGGGCGUACGCUAAAGUCCAAGGAUGUGUGAGCCUGCAGAAUGGCAAGGAGUACGCUGUAAAGAUUAUUGAGAAGAUUGCCGGCCACAGUCGAAGCAGGGUAUUUAGAGAGGUGGAGACAUUGUAUCAGUGCCAAGGGAAUAAGAACAUUCUCGAGCUCACUGAGUUUUUUGAGGAUGACAGCUGCUUUUAUUUGGUGUUUGAGAAGCUCUGUGGAGGCUCCAUUUUAACACACAUCCAAAGGAGGAAGCACUUUGAUGAAAGGGAAGCCAGUCGCGUUGUGAGGGAUAUUGCUCAAGCACUGCACUUCUUACACACUAAAGGAAUUGCUCAUCGGGAUCUGAAACCUGAAAAUAUCCUGUGCGAAUAUGUUGACAAGGUGUCUCCUGUGAAGAUCUGUGAUUUCGACUUGGGAAGUGGUGUGAAGUUGAACAGUGCCUGUACCCCCAUAACUACACCUGAACUUACUACACCAUGUGGUUCAGCUGAGUACAUGGCUCCAGAGGUGGUGGAAGUAUUUACAGAUGAAGCAUCAUUCUACGAUAAGCGCUGUGAUCUUUGGAGCCUAGGGGUGAUCCUGUACAUUCUGCUUAGUGGGAGUCCACCUUUUACUGGCCACUGUGGAACUAACUGUGGCUGGGAACAAGGGGAAACCUGCCGUGCCUGCCAGAACAGCCUGUUUGAGCGGAUCCAGGAGGGGAAAUACGAGUUUGGGGAUCGGGACUGGUCUCACAUCUCCGAUGGUGCCAAAGACUUGAUCUCCCGGCUGCUGGUGCGAGACGCCACACUGAGGCUGAGUGCGGCUCAGGUCUUACAACACCCGUGGGUUCAGGGGAAUGCUCCUGAAAGAGGUCUUCCAACUCCACAUGUCUUACAAAGGAAAUGCAGCACUAAGGACCUGACUCAGUUUGCGGCGGAGGCCAUAGCCUUUAACAGGCAGCUGUCACAGCAGGAUGAAGAGCAGGAGGAUAACAGCACCAUCAUGUGCUCCAUGAGACUCUCGCCCCCCUCCAACUCCAGACUGGCGAGACGCAGAGCACAGGCUAACGCCCACCGCAGCACCAGCCAAUACCUGAACACUACUCAGGUUCCAGAGUGACCUCACACACAACAUGCGUAGCAAGUCGGAAGUUUAGUGCCUGAGCUAUGCUCUGUACCACUUUAUCAUGUUAAGACAUGUAAUAUGUAUAAACGCAUAUUACACCUACUGUAGUGUUUUCCAUAAUGCCAUUAAGGGAUUAUGCAUUGCAGCAGAGCUGCAAGAGGUGCACAUUCUGAAAAAUACAUCCUUAGGGUAGUGUCCUAAUUCCUGAUGGACCAUAUACCUGGUGUUUAGCAUACUAAAAAUAUGAAGCUGUGAGAUAUUUCUGAAUAUUUAAAUAUUUAUUGCUGAUUUAUUUUUUUUCCUCAAUUUAAGGGUGCUUAGAAAUAAGGUGGGAGCAUCUACGUAAAGCAUUUACUAUCUCUGUUCUCAGCUUGCUUGUUUUUUAAUCUCCCAAUUUUAUAUAAUUGAGGAGAUUAUUUUAUUUUAUGCACUUGGCAUUUUUACAUAAUUGUAAUUAUUUUUUUUUUUUUGUGAUUUUUGCAGUGAAUGGUAUUAGGAAGGCAUUUGAGAUUUUAUGCCAUUUUUAUUUUUACAGAAAUAGUAUACAGAAGUGAUAGAUGGGCCUAUAUUUAUAUGCAUAUUAUAGUCAUAUUGUUAUGUUUUUACCUCAGACCCAAUUUGCACAUUUUCUCAGGCACAGGGCUCAGCAACGUUAAAAACAGACCAUGCCAGCAGGUAGCAUGCACUUUGUACAAUAUGGCAAGAAUAUUGUGAAAAGUGUUAGUUUUUUUUUUCCCACUUCUCUUGUUGACAGGUACUAUACAUCUAUAAUGUCAUAGAUUUUUUUUCUCUCAUCUUUGUAUGUGUUCUGCACAUUCAGCUCAUUCCCUGUUUUUAUAUUACAAUAUUUUAUUUUAAUUUGUAUUUUAAUGUUCUGUAAUAGAGAAUUAAUUUCUUAAUGAAAA